AUGCAAGAUUCCAACAACUUCGCUUCAUGGCUACUAGACAUUGGGAAUGGGUUAGUAGGAGAUCCUGAUGCGCAAGAUCCACAGAACACACGGACCAUUCAGAUUCCUUCUAAUUUUCUAAUUGAACCUGGUGAAAAUGGCAUCCGUUCUCUUAUCAACUUUGUCUAUGAUGAAUUCAUACUUAAUUAUCCAUCAGCUGAGAAUUUAUCAAAUAGAGCCAUUGUUUGCCCAAAGAAUGAAACAGCAGAUGAAAUAAACAAAAUCGUGUUGAAUCUAACUCCUGGAGAAACAAGAUCUUAUAUCAGUUAUGAUUCAAUGGUACCAUAUGCGCAAAACACAACAGAUGUUGAUGCCUUAUAUCCACAAGAAUAUCUAAACGAGCUAAGUUUUCCUGGCAUCCCCCCUCAUCAACUAGAUUUAAAAAUCAAUACACCUGUCAUGCUUAUUCGUAACAUAAAUCAAACGCUAGGUCUAUGUAAUGGUACUCGAUUGUUAAUAUCUCAAUUAUUGCCGACUGUCAUAGAAGCACGCAUAAUAACAGGUUAG